AUGGCAACGCAGCCGGAUAAAAGACCCUUGGUUCCUAGUGAAGGGAAUGAGGGCAAUGCUCGCAAACGCCGACCAAAGCCUCCUCCCUCACCCCGACAAAAAGCUACAGUCUCGAAACUUGCGGAUCAGGUAACCGUGGCGACUAGCGGUGCUCAAGUCGAUGAUCACAUUCUCGAUCGAAUUAAGAAGUGCCUUGAUCGUGCAUCUCAUCCGGGCACAACUGAAGCCGAAGCCAAAGCAGCACUGUUCCUGUCACAGAAGCUGAUGGGUCAAUAUAAUGUGACCAACGCCGACCUCAUCUCAAAGGAAUCUGCAGACAAGCAAGUGCAGUUUUCCGGGAGCAGUAUCGUCACCAUUGCAAAGACGGCAGAAGAGAACGUUUCCGUACAAAAUGAAGGUUUCGUCGCGAAUGCAAUCCACGCCAUAACCACCUUUUUUGAUUGUGAAUGUUAUUCCACUCGCACGCGCUGGUCAAUCAAGUGGACGUUUUAUGGCAUUGCCGAGAACACUGUGAUGGCAGCCAAAGCCUUCGAAAUGGUUUACAAUCUUAUAUCCCAAUGGACUUUGGCAUAUAGGGGUAGAUCGGCUAGACACAGCUAUUCCAAUGGUGUUUCUAGAGGGCUAUUGGACAUGGCAUGCGAGGAAAAGCGGCGAGAACGGGAGGAGGCGAGAAAGGCAGAAGCCCAAACACUGGCUGAGCGCGUGAGAGAAGAGGAGCGUCAACGUGUGGAAGAGAUAGCCAGGUUGAACCGCGAACAAAGUGAAUCCUGUGUUGACGACAACCAUACAUCCUUGGAGUCAGCCCCGUUGGGCCCUACAGCUUCGAGUAAGCUUGAGCCUACUCAAUAUGGCAAUGAGGACAGCGAUGAUGAAGAUGACAAUGGGCUAGCAGAUGGUUUUACAUUAGAGCCCGAUUUCGAGGAAGAAGACGGCUUAAUCGAUUCCACUGUGGACUUGGACGAAGCGAUCUCCCGGCUUCUAAAACGCAAGGAGUCACCACGUCUCGACUUGGGCUCACUGAAACAGGAAAGCAAGGUCUCCGUGGCGCCUCCGAAAAAGGAACCGUCUCCAGAGAUGAACCAGUGGAAAUCCGAGAUGCAGCUUGUUCAGUUUCGCCGGACGGCAGCGAAAGUGGCCGAAGAGUAUAUCCAACAAGAGAAGAUCGAGUUGGUGUCCUCCACGCCGAGCUACACCGCUGUGCGAGACGGGAAAGCCUAUUCUCAGGGUGUUAAAGACAGCAACAGGAUAGACGUUCGAGGGCGAAGGCUUGAGUAA